AUGUCAACUUUCGUUCUUCCCAAGGGUUCUUCAUAUGUUGCCGGCGCCUUCCUUUCGACCGUGUACAUGCUGAUCUACCAGAUCAGCCUGGUGGUGAAAGCGCGCCGUAAAUCCAACAUAAAAUAUCCCCGUGCUUAUGCCGAGAAGGCGGAGAUCGAGGCCAGCCCAGAGGCCAUGGCAUUCAACUGUGCUCAGCGUGCCCAUCAAAAUACUUUGGAAAACAUUCCCAUGAUCUACACCUCGACUCUGAUCACCAGCAUCAAAUAUCCCGUGUUCUCGUCGGCCAUGCUCACCAUCUGGUCGCUCUCUCGCGUCGCCUACGCCGCGGGCUAUUCUAGUGGAAACCCCGAGAAACGCAUGAACUUUCUGAGCACCCUCCACUAUCCCACUAUCUUG